GCGGGGCCCGCGGGCCGGCAUGGAGCGGCUGUUCGCGCUGGAGCUGCUGGUGGAGACGCUGCGGAUGGCGGAGCCGGGGCCCGCGGAGCUCCGGGGACCUGCGGAACACCCGGCCGUGGCGCUGCGCCUCCUGGACUUCCCCACCCUCGUGCUGCGCCCCGCCGCCGCCGCGCCGCCCCUGCGACCGGGGCAGCCCUUCCCAUUCGGCCGCGGCAAGCGGUGCCUGUUCCGCUGGCGUCCGGACUCGCUUUUCGCCGCCCUCCGCCGCCGCCCGCUCCGCGCCCUGUUCCUGGCACUGCCCGCCGGGCUCGCCCCGGGACGCCCCCGCCUCCUGGGCAGCUGCGCCGUGUCCUUGGCCCCCGCCGCCGAGCUGCUGCAGCGGCCCGGGGUGCCCUCCUCCUGCGACCGCCGCGGCCGCUUCGCGCUGCGGGACACCGCGGGCCGCCCCGUCGGGGAGCUGGUCUUGCGCUACCGCCUCACCAACCUGGAGGCCGGUGAGGCGAGUCUCGCCAGCCCCCGCGCUGCCACACCGCCUGCCACCACCCCUGAACCGCGAGACGAGGAGAAGGAGCAGGAGGAGGGUGAGCAGCUGGAAGGCAACGUCUAUUGCCCUCCACUGCUCUAUUACAGCCGUGAGCCGGCUGAGCCUCAGCGGCCGCCAGCAACAAGAAGGCAAUGGGAGCAUGUCGAGCCCCAGAGACCGCAGAAGGACAAGGGCCACAGCCCACCACGUCCCAGUGCUGGGCCCACGCUGCUGCACCCCGCCAGCCCUCGAGAGACCCAGAACGCCCUGGUGCAGCUGCCACUGCUCAGUGCCUUGCUGGCGGAACUGUUGGUGCUCACCCGCAGCGCUGUGCCUGCUGCUGCUGUCCACCCCCAUCUUGCCUGGCUCUACCAGGCCCCAGGGAGUGGGGACACAGCCUCACGGCCCCCCAGUCACUCUGCUGCCCUGAGGCCUGCAGAGACACCUGUGGGGCCUGGCAGGAACAGUGAAGUCAUGAGCCCUCCCUUCAAACAAGGCUGUCAAAAGGCCACCUCCCCAGAGUCUUCUGGGGUUGGGAGAAGACCCAAGAAAGCUGUGCCUGAGGGACAGCCAGCCUAUGAAAGGAACUGCAAAGCUAAGGAGAACAGACCUCCCAGAAAGAAAUUGUUGUAUGGGCUGACAAAUACACUGAGGCUACGGCUGCAGCAGACCAACCCAGAUAAGCUGAUAAUUCAUGAAAGGAGGGAGCAGUACAGAAAAAAGCAAAUGGAGAUGCUGAAAGAGAGAAGCCCCUUACCCAAGAGAAAACUGGUCAGAAAUACUGAAGAACAGCAUGUGGUGUCUUGCAGGCACUGUGGCACAGGAGGCAGUUCAAAGCAGAAUAAUCAGUUGGAUAAAAUUGUUCAGACUUCAUUAGAAAACAGUGCUCUCUCAGAGUCAAUUUCUGUGACAGGAGAAACCCCUGGCCUGCAGAAACAGUCUGCUGCAAGUCUAUCCAGGAACGAUUCAAUAAUUACAGCCCCCUUACCAGAGGAAACUCUGUUAAAAUCUGCUCAUGAGGAAAAGUAUGCAAAAGCUCAACUCCCAGCAGCAUUCCCAUCAGAUGCUAAUGCAAAAGGAAGUUAUAACAAUGCAAUACAUUUAAUCCAUCAUAAAACCAUAGAGCACGAUGAUGUGUCUGUUUUAAGUGGUCAUAAACUAAGCCCCAGCAGGAGUGUUGAAAACAACUCUGAAUUCAUAUACUCUGAUGACUUCGUCGCUAGUCCAGAGAACUCAAUUUGUUCAGAAGAUUUCACCAAUGCUGAGUGUACAGGCAGAGACUCACAAGUUCGUGAGAGCAGUCCUGAACCUCUGUGGCUUGAAAGACCAAAGCAAGAUAGGUCAGAUACAAAGCCAGAAUCCAGCAGGUCCAGAAUUUCAAAGACAAGUCAAAGAGCUCAAAGUACUUCAGAUCUUGUGCCAGUUCCUUCAGCUUCAUCUCCAGUCCAGUCUUUGAGGAGCAACUGUGACUUUAAAACCAGCAUGGGAACUAGUGCUGAAUCUGCUGAUUCACUUAACCUUGCUGAGAUGGAGGCAUCAUUAUUAGAUGAAGAGCGGAAAGCCCAACAGAUGAGUAAGGAAGAGAACAGGGGUGAUCGACAUAUUAAAGAAAUAUCUACGCUGAGAAGCAAACAAGUUAAAUCUGAUACUGAUCUGAAUACAGGAAAGGGACAGACCUCUACAGGGCAAAAGCAGUCAGUAAAUCAAGUUAGCUCUUACUUGCCAUCUAACAUGUCUGAUCUUGAACUUAGUGUUCUGGAAAACAGCAGGUCAGACAAAGAAGAUGAUUUUCUGGAAAAACUACCUGGCCCUAAUCAGUACAAAGACAUCAGUGAACUUGUAAUCAACAAACUCCCAGGAUACACAAUGUAAUUAUAAGUUUUCACUGUCUGGAUUAAGAUACUGUAUUUGAACUUUGUAAAUCCUGUUACAUUUGGUUGCACUAAAUUUUAUCAUGCACACUUAUUACAUCAGUGAAUUUCGUUAUGAGACUUUUCAAAUAAAUUACUAUUUGAAUCUCUGACAAAUGGUGUCUACAGCCUGACUUCAGUGUCAGUAUCUUAUCACAAAGAUAAUCCAAACAGCACAUGAAACAUAACUUACUGUCGAAGCAGAAAUUAAUACAGAAGCAGCAAAAGCAGCCAGUACCCACAAAAGUAGUCCAGGGUAGAAGUAAUAACAUGCUACCAGAACAGCAAAGUACAAAAUCCAUUCCUAACCAAACAAAAGAUUUUCUUCCUCCUGAAAAUUUCCAAGCUUCCUUUUCAUUAGAAAUAGUUACUUAGAAUAUAUAGUCACAACCAGUAGCAUCACAGAAUUUUAUCAGCUACGCAGUAUAAUGAUGUGUUUGUUUCCCUUUUCCAUCACUAAAUACAGUGACCAG